GACCCGUACCAAUCUUCACAUCUUCCACAUUCUAAACUGAGUUGAGUGACUAUCACAGCUAGCGCUAGCUACGCCAUGAAUACACUCGACAUAUCCUUGGUACUCAUUGUCCUCCUCCUGGCAAGCUACUCUCUGGCUGUCAAACCAUCAUGUAAAGUAUGCAAAGACUUUGUCCAAGCCUUCAACAAAAGGAUGGACGACACGGCCAAGUCAAACUUUGCUGGUGGGGACACGAAUUGGGAGGAGGAGAAACUCGGCUCCUACGCUAACAGUGAGGUUCGAUUGAUCGAGAUGCUGGACGAUGUUUGUAAACAUUCAGACUAUGAUUGCCAUCGACUGCUGGAGAAUUAUGAGGAGGAGAUUGAGAGAUGGUGGUUCAAGCUGAGACAUAAGGAGGAGGGCUAUGAUGAUCUAAAGCAGUGGUUGUGCUCAACUAACCUCGAUGUUUGUUGUCCACCUAACACGUUUGGCCCCACCUGUUCUGACUGUCCUGGUGGGAGGGAGCAGCCUUGUGGUGGCCACGGGUCAUGUCAGGGCUCUGAGGAAAAAGAUGGGAAAGGAAAGUGUUUGUGUAACGGAGGUUAUGUUGGAGACACCUGCGAGUCAUGUGAUCCCAGUUACUACAAUGACACAGAGAGUAAAGUGUGCAAACUGUGUGAUAAGGCAUGCCUGAAAGAGUGUGGUGGUCCGGGGGCUGACAGCUGUAAGGAGUGUGCCCUGGGAUAUGAGGAGGUGGAGGGAUCUUGUACAGAUAUUGAUGAGUGUAAAGAAGAUGACUCCAUCUGUUCUGAUGGUACCUACUGUCUCAACACCCCGGGGAAACAUCGCUGUCAAGCUUGUGACAAGUCUUGUAGCGUGUGCAAUGGACCGGGACCAUCAAAGUGUGGGGACUGCUCUACGGGAUACAGUAGGAAUGAAAAGGGAGUCUGUGAAGAUGUGGACGAGUGUGAGGUGGAGUCGUUGUGCUCUAGUGGUACCUACUGUGAGAAUACUGCCGGGUCACAUGACUGUAAAGCGUGCCAUAUCUCUUGUCAGCUGAGCUGCUCUGGAGCGGGGCCCGAGGGCUGUGAUGAGUGUAAGACUGGCUAUAGGAUGGAAGAGAGCAUAUGCAAGGAUAUUGACGAGUGCACGAACACGCCCGGACCCUGUGACCCUGACAACGAGGUGUGUGUUAAUCUGGCGGGGACCUUCUCCUGCAAGUGUGCCGAGGAGCUGGUCAGAUCACCUGAUGGAGACUGUGUCCAACCUCCCAAGAAACCAAAGAAAAAGAAGAAAAAGAACAAGAAAGGUAAGAAGAGCAAGGUGUCAGUCACUGGAGGGGAGGGGGACUCAAAGGAUGGGGCUACAGAUGAGCGAACAAUGGACUCACCUGACCGACAAGCUGAAUUAUCUCCAAUCGAACAACCAGUACAACCUACCGAGCAACUAGUUAAACCUGAUAAAGAAAAGCCUGAUGAGCAAUUUUCGUCUGAGCCAGCCCAAUUGACAGAACAACCUGGAACAGAUGAUGAUCAACCCAACCCUAGCCCCACACAAGUGGAGCCUGUGGACGAUACCUCCAGUACAGACAAACCAACCUCUCAACAUCAUCGUGACGUUUCUCCAAGUGACACAAAGGUUGCUACGGGCAACAAUGGAGCAGCUCCCAACGUACCUAAUCAGACAACUGGGAACGAGCAUGAUUCUCAGCGUCUCCAUGGAAAUGAGGAUGCCCCUGUCUCGAGUGAACGGGACGAGUUGUGACGACGUACGUGGGUGGAUGUCUAGAGAGACAAUUGAACUAUGAACCCGUGUUAUACAAUGCUUCAAUCUAUAAUAAAAACAUUAAUUUAUUGAAUUACAUAUUUCUUGUUUCAGGAA